GUUGCUUAGUAACCGUAUCGACAAGACCAUAGCUUGUCAACACAAUAUAAGUCAAGCGGUAGUAUUUUACACCUAUUUUUCUUAUCCUCUUAUUUUAAUCUGAAAUCAUGGAAGCCGAUAAUAUAUCGACGUUUAGUACCGAUGGGGGGCAAGACACAGUUGGGCUGCCGCGAAUUGUGAUGGUGACAGAGGGGUCGGACACAUCGGCGUCGUCUCCAUCCUCCACAUCGCCUGACGAGGAUAACUGGGCCGAUCUGAUCAAGUCCUCAGAGAUACCCCCAGAAUACUGGCACAUACAGAAACUAGUAAAGUAUAUGAAGGCUGGCAACCAAACGGCCACGAUGGUGGCUCUAUCCUGCCUCAAAGACCACGAUCUAACAAUAGAGGUCAACCAAAGAGCAAUUCAAGAAAUCGGUGGAUUGGAACUCUUAGUGAAUCUACUGGAGACCAGAGAUCUGUGCUGCAUUUUAGGAGGACUAGCUGUCCUUAAAGAUAUAACAGCAAACAUUGAAAUCAGGAAAAAAGUUACAGACUUAGGAGCGAUCCCUUUGCUAGUCGGACUGCUGUCAGACCCAGCGAGAGACGUCCAGAUACUGGCAGCGGAAACGAUAGCUAACCUGGGAAGGAUUAGGAAAAGUCGGAAGUUCUGCAGGAAGUUUGGUGGAAUACCCAAAUUGAUAGAUUUACUAGACAUUAGAGACAAGGCUUUAAAAUCAGCGCGCGAAGAACUAAAUCAACAUGAAUUGCAAUUUUUAACCAUAGCCAGAGCAGGUGCUACACUUUGGUCCAUGUCAGCUUCUCAAAGGAAUCGAGAAGCUAUGAGAAAGUAUGGUAUGAUACCACUAAUAGCAAGGAUGCUGAAAACUAUCCACCUGGAUGUGGCUGUCCCAGCAGUGGGGCUACUGCAAAUGUGUGCCAAUGAGACGUCAUUCCAAUUGGCAAUACAAACUGAGAGGAUGGUUGAUGAUUUGAUCAAACAUUUGGCCAACGAGGACAAAGAUUAAAGGUAUACAUACUGCAGCUUAGCAAUCUACAAAUGUGCCAGCGACGCUGCAACUCGUGACAUGAUACGAGAUGCUGGAGGUCUGGAACUAUUAGUGCAAGCAGCCUCAGAUUCUACAAAUAGGCCAAACAAGCCUCUUUUAGCUGCUGCUACAGGUGCUCUAUGGAAAUGUGCGAGUAGUGAAGCUAGUGUCAAGAAACUGGACAAUCUUGGAGCUGUGACUAUACUGGUCAAGCUGUUGGAUGAUGAGAAUGAUGGAGUUCUGACCAACGUAGCUGGAGCUCUCGCAGAGUGCGCUAAAUAUCCACCUAAUAGAGACAAGAUAAGAAUUGCCGGAGGAAUACCAAUGUGAGUGAUCCAUCAUUUGAACAAUACUCACAAACCACUGCUAGAAAACGUACCUUUAGUGCUAAUGGAAUGCGCCAAGGAACCAAACUGUAUGCUACAGAUAGACGAACUGGACGGGGUCAGGUUAAUCUGGUCCCUACUCAAGAACGACUCUAAGAAGGUCCAAACGAAUGCUGCUCUAGCUUUGAGUCCUUGUGUCCAGAAUGCAGCAGACUCUGGAGAAAUGGUCCGGUCUUUUGUGGGAGCAUUGGAAUUGACGGUAGAUCUCUUGGAUUCGGAUGAUCAUAAUGUGCUGUCAGCUGUUUGCGCAGCAAUAGCUACUAUCGCAAGAGAUCAUGAGAACUUGGCUGUUAUAUCUGAUCAUGGAGUAGUAGCUAAACUGGCGAAGCUAGUGAAUACAACGGACGAUCUCCUCAGAGCGAACUUAGGAGUUGCGAUAGCUUACUGCUGCGAGUGGGCGCAGAACCGUCAGGAGUUCGGCAAGCGCGGUGCCAUCACACCGCUCGUCAACUACAUGACGUCACGCGACCCCAACGUGCACAGGUCCACUGCGCUUGCGCUCUACCAUCUGUCUUUCUACUCCUUGAACUGCGUCACCAUGCAUGCGGCUGGAGUCGUACAAUUUCUACUAGAAACAAUUGGGUCUAAGGACCCUAUUCUACAGGAGGCAUCGGCCGGCUGUCUCUGCAACAUCAGGAAACUAGCACUCGCCACCGAGAAGGUUAAAUUGAAACAGUAGAUGUAUCUUAGUUAUCGAAAUAAAUGUUUUUAAUUUA